ACUCUGAAGAAAGCGAUAGUUUUUCCAAAAAGAAGUCCUUUGGCUGUAUCCUGUUCUCUGCGUACUGGGCUCGGAAUUUCAGCACUCCAUACCCACCAGCCAUGUCGUCUGCUGUAGCAGAACUGGAUAACUAUCUCCAGUCGAUGCUGGCACUCAAGCCACCGGGCGUUUCUGGAUCCAAAAUCAACAGUAUCACAUCGCUCUGCACAGCCAACGUCCAGAAUGAAUCCGUCCUCAUCCAAAAGAUCUACACUCAUUUCAAGAAAGCACCAGGAACACACAAGUUGGGCGUACUCUAUGUCGUAGACUCUGUAACUCGACAGUGGGUAGAACAAGCGCGCAAGGCAGGGCAACCAUCUGGUAGUGCUGCCCCUGAUGGGACCUUCGCCGCUGGUGUUAACAGAGUGACCGAGCUGCUUCCUAUCCUGAUGACUGAUAUCAUAAGCAACGCUCCCGACGAUCAGAAGGAAAAGAUAAAGAAGCUGGUCGACAUCUGGGAACGCGGAUAUACCUUUCCUGCCCCUAUGCUUGCUUCAUUCAAGGAAAAGCUCAACGCUCCUCCAUCGCAAAAUGUCGAAUCUACUACUCCCGAAGGCUCCCCAGCACCCAACUACCUCUCUUUGGGAGGUGCUCAUCAGCCUACCAAUGGCACGAUUUCAUCCACUCCUGCUCAGCAGACGCCCGACACUUCCAGUAUCCUGAAGGCUCUGGCGGAUAUGGCUAAACAGAACACUGCUGCACCUGCUGCACCUGCAGUCGCGGCGCCCGCCAACCCUCUCAAUGCCUUAAGCCAGCCAGGUACGGUUUUGCAGACCAUGCCGUCCUCUGUAGACCAGGCAUCACAACCCUCAAGCGGGCAGGCUGGUGUAAACCCUUACGCUCCUGGUACCAUGGUCACCCCCUUCACAGCUCUGGGUAAUCUUGUCCAGAACCCAGCCCUAGUGCCCCCUCAGAACCCAAGUCAGAGCCACACCCCCAAUCCCUUGGCGGCGGCGCAAAACCCGCUAGCCGCGCUAUUGCCGCAGUCGACUGCAGCGCCAACUCAACCGAAUUCGGUAGGACCAGAUGCACUGCAGCAGCAGCUUCAGCUCUUGCAGCUCCUGUAUGCUCAGGGUAUUCCGCAGGAACAGUGGGGCACCGCGCUGCAGAUUCUUAGCCUUUCGAAUGCCACCAAUAUGGGCACGAUGAACCCGGGCCAGGCUCCUCCGUCGUUUAAUCUUGCAGCAGGCCAAAACAUCGGCGCUUGGGGCGCCCGCCCGGACUCACAAUCACGUGACUACGAUCGGGAUCGGGACCGCGAAUACAUGCGGUCGCCGCCAAGCCAGUAUGGUCGUCGUCGGUCACACUCUCCAGGCUAUGACCGUCGCCGGGAGGCUUCUCCUCCUCGUCGUCGUGACAGUCCUGUUUACGGGGAAUAUCACGGAGAUUCUCCUGGCCGUCGGGGCGGUGAUCCUCGUGGUCGACGCGGCAAUGAAUAUCGUCAGCGCAGUCCUCCCGGCCGCAGACGCCGUUCUCCCUCCCCUUCUCGCAAGGAUCCUGCUCUGCCCCCUCCUGGGCCCAAAUUUAUGGAGUGGGAUUACUCCAUUGGUCAAGGCAACAUCAAAGUCUUGAGUCGAACCCUCUUCGUGGGCGGUGUCACCUCAUCCGAAGCUCACCUUCGUUCUUUGUUCAGCAAGUUUGGUGUAGUUCAGACUUGCAUUGUCAACAUUGAUAAGCGCCAUGCUUUCAUAAAAAUGAUCAGUCGUCAAGAUGCUGUGAAUGCCCGGGAUGGAAUGGAAUCAUAUAAGUCUGGUGACAUGCAGCUCAGAGUAAGUGCUCUCAUUGUUAUACAAGUGACCUGGCGUUUUCUGGCAUGUCCACUAAUCAUCAUCUCUCAGACUCGCUGGGGCGUCGGAUUCGGACCCCGUGACUGCAGCGACUAUCAAACCGGCAUUAGUGUGAUUCCCGUCGAUCGACUAACCGAGGCGGAUCGCAAAUGGAUGCUCACCGCAGAAUACGGUGGCACGGGUGGGAGGCCAAUUGAGUCUGGCAUGGUCGUAGAGGAGCCGGACAUUGAGAUCGGUGCUGGUGUUUCCUCCAAAGCGAUCAGCAGAAGAAUUGCCACCGAUACUGGCGGCAAACGCGGCCCUGUCUCCUCCCGCGGGCAGCAGGAUCGAUUCCGGCGUCCAGACCGUGAUGGGCCUCCAGCUGGAAUGGGUGCGGGCCCUGCUCCAGACCGAGAUGUCAACAAUGCAAACAAUGUCGGCGUUCCCCCUGCGGUGCCUGGCUUCGGUUUCUCUUUCCCCACGAUGGGCAUGUUCCCCCCUGGUUUCAUGAUGGGAGGACCACAAGCUGGACCGUCCGGUGGUGGUUCAGCACAACCUCCCCCUCCAGGUCAAUGAGCCAAUUAAUUCUCUUGUGCAAUGUCGAGAAUAAUGGCAGUGACUGCAGUGACGAUGACCUACCUCCUGCUAGCCGUUUCAUUUCACUCUUGUUUUGAUACCAGUGCUUUUUUCACCUGUUUCCCAUAUUUCAUUUUCAGUUGGCUUUGUCUUGUACAAUCAAUUCGGCGUAGGAGCUUUUUCCAUU